AUGUUACUCUUUGCAAAAAAUUUCCUUCAUUCGGCCGCAAUCAAAUCUUCCCGUAAUCCCAUUGAAAUGAUAGUUUUUUGUCUUAUAAUCGCUUCCUUUUCCUAUGCUUCACUAUUUCGGUCAUUAAUGGAAUCAGAAUUUUUCAAUACUGAAAGUUAUCAAAAGAUUGAUCCCAUAAAAGUUAUCUCUUAUUCUAAUUCUAAUGAAUUCGUCAAUAUUGGUAAACGUGAUUUUGCUAAUAUUCACGCUACUAGAUUAUUGGAUUCUAUAAUGAGAUUUAAAGAGAUAAUUGAGAAUGAAGUUUUCGUCACAGAUGGAAAAUCUAAAUUUUAUUAUAAUGAUGAUUUAUGUUAUAAAUCAAAUGAAGACAAAAAUUUUGAUAAUUUAAGUAUUACUGUGGUUUUAAAUUAUGUUUUCAACACAAAUAUGAAUAAUCUUGCUGAUGCUUGGGAAGAUAAAGUUGCGAAAUUGAAUUUUGAAAAAAUUUUUGCCUUUAAUGGUAAACGACAAAUUUCUCAUGCUGAAAAAGGUUCUUUCGCUUGGUUAGCCUUUGUCAUUGGUAGUCUUUUUAUGAAUAUUCAAGAUUUAAUUCAGGUUUGUUAG